GCUCAGUGGCAUCAGCUACACCAACAACAUCACCCGUGCCAUCGACGCCGUCAAUCGAACGCAGUGGGUCCACAGUAUCCACAGCAGUGCGCGCUUCGAGUUUCAAUGAUGACACGCCUGAUGGACGGGUGGCUGCUUCAUUGGUUCCAGCUGACACAUCAGCAGCAGCGCUGGUGUCGGAAAACCCUUCAUCGGCCACACCCACACAGGUGAUUGCAAGGGCGCCUCCUGCUGGCGUGCAUCGUGCCAGCACUUUGGAGCGGGGGAUGGAUGCACUAGCAAGCUAGGACUUGUCUAUAGUUCCAGAAGCGGCGGGGCCUGCGAGGGUUCGCAAGCAGGUGCAGGGGACAGAGAAGCUGCCAGUGGAUGUGCUACCCGUGGUGUCCCCAGCGCAACGUGCAAAAUAUGACCAGUAUUGGGCAACCUUCAAGCGACCGACCAGCCAGAAUCCAUCGGUCAGUGCAGCAGCAGCAGCACCACCACCACCAGAUCCAACACCAGCGCCCAUGGCACCUGGUGUGCCCGAUCCGCCAUCUGGAGUUCAUGUGACCGAGGAGGAAUGGGCAGAGCUGCGGCAGCAGCAUGGGAGCCGGGCAUGGGCGGUGGCCAUGGAACGGGAAGCCAUGAGAGUACUGCACAUGCCGCCUGCGCCACCUCCACCCGUGCCCAACCCGCCACCACCUUGUGUCGGUGAGAGAUGGGAGAGGUUGCAGCAGCAGCUAGCGCAGCACACGGCUAAUCUAUUGGCUUUAGCCGCCCGUCCAGACCCAACGGCUGCAGCUCAAGCCGUGCAUCCAACACCACCUACCUCUGAGGUGGCGCCGGAUCCAGUCCCGCCAACAGCUGCAUCUCCAGCCGUGCAUCCAACACCACCUACCUCUGAGGUGGCGCCACCAACAGCCGUGCAUCCAACACCACCUACCUCUGAGGUGGCGCCAGAUCCAGUCCCGCCAACAGCCGUGCAUCCAACGCCACCUACCUCUGACGUGGCGCCGGAUCCAGUCCCGCCAACAGGUGGAGCUCCAGCCGUGCAUCCAACACCACCUGUCUCUGAGGUGGCGCCGGAUCCAGUCCCGCCAACAGCUGCAGCUCCAGCCGUGCAUCCAACACCACCUACCUCUGAGGUGGCGCCGGGUCCAGUCCCGCCAACAGCUGCAGCUCCAGCCGUGCAUCCAACACCACCUACCUCUGAGGUGGUGCCCGAUCCAGUCCCGACAGCUGCAGCUCCAGCCGUGCGUCCAACACCAACCUCUGCAGAGGUGGCGCCGGAUCCAAUCCCGCCAACAGCUGCUCCAGCCGUGCAUCCAACACCUACCUCUGAGGUGGCGCCGGAUCCAGUCCCGACAGCUGCAGCUCCAGUGCAUCCAACACCACCUAUUUCUGAGGUGGCGCCGGAUCCAAUCCCGCCAACACCUACAGCUCCAGCUGUGCCCGAUCCAACGCUCUGUGUAGCAGCUCCAGAGCCAGAUUUGGAAACCCAGCAAGACAGCAAAGCCGCGUCUGUGAUUCAUGUCCCAUCGCCAUCACCACCCCCGCCAGACAAUCAGUGUGGGGAUUCCCAACUGUACCCGACUGGUCCAUCGCAAAUGCCAAGCCCAUCACCAGAUUCAGCAGCAGCUGAGGUACCAAGCCCAACCACAACAAUGGAGACCGCAACAAAGGAGACUCCUGCUAUGUCUAUGGAGGACCGGUACAGGGCAUACCUGAUGAAGAUGAGUGAUACUGAACUGGAGAGAUUGGCUCAGCGUGCAGAGAAACAUGACAUGUUCACCUUCUUUCAGAUCAUUCAGCAUGACCAACUCUUUGGCCCGGAGAGCAAAGAGCCAUUCCUACCCUUUGGCGAGGGAGAUUUGGUUGAGGAGCUAGUGCAAUGGCAAGUAUGGCUUACCAACAACAACCCCCGGGACACUCCACCCGCAGCACCCGGCCGAACUGGAGUUCUGAAGCGCUCCGGCAUCCGACCCACACCAGUGCCAGGCAAAGGAGUAACGUUUGCACCUGAACCCCCUGCGAAUAUCCUGCCAGCAGCCGCAUCCCCCUCCGAAGCAACAAGCCUGGCCACAGCGCCAACGCCUGCAGUGGCACCUUCACCAAUGCCCGCAAGCGCAGCGCCUCAAACAGCACGAGCGGCAGAUGCAGAAGCAUUGACGGCAGUCCGGAAACUCGGCUUUGAGGUCAACACCGAUCAGGAAGCCGACAACCUUUUGAAGCAGCUCACACAAGCCAAAGCAGCAGCAGAGGCAACACCGGUACCAGCUCCGAUGUUCCAGCGCUACUCCGAAGCAAACCCGGGAGAAGUGCAGAAAGCAUGGAACCAGGGAGGACAGCAGAAGCUGAAUUGCUUCAAAAAAUUUGUCACGAGUGGCUGCAAUGGCGCUGUUGUCGAAGCAGUGAUGAAAUUCACUGCGCAAAGCGAGAUGGAAGACAAAGACGCUGGCGAAUAUUGUGAUUGGGCAGGGGUUCUGGAUCACUUUCAGGGCGAUGUGGCCAAGUCCCAGGAUUUGGUGAACCGUCGGCGUGGAGAAGCCAGCGGGACCGUGACUUCCACCGACCGCAACACAGGUUGUGAGACCUUCUUGGUCUUCGGGCGUCAAAAGAAGUCUUGGACCUCCCGCACCAUUGACAGCGUUGCUGUGCAGUGUGGAGUAGACCCGCAACUUGCGAUUGACCUCAUGCAGCGGGUGCAAAAACACAACAACCCAACGUUGCAAACUGCUGGGGGGCCGAUGUUGGAUGGACAUGUUGCUGCAACUGGUCAUGGUGCUCCUGGGUAUCACACCCCGAGUGGACUUGGAACUACUGUGCCCAAGCAUCUGGACCAGGAGGAACCUGCCCCAAAGAGACAGAAGAAGGAAAAGGAGAAGGUGAAGGGCUCCGAGCUCGAGUGCGACCUCCUGGAAGGUGAUGACAAAAAAUCGUUUGUGGCUGCGUGGGUCGCGAAGGCUGCAAGUGCCCAAGGGAGCUGCGCUACAAUCAGUGCCCAGUUGGAAGGGUUCGAGAGCCAAGAGCACUUGGCAAAACUUAUCCGGGACGCUGGAGAUGGACUUGGGGUGUGUCGCAAGGAUCUUCUGAGCAUUGACCCAUCCAUGUACACAUUCGACGUGCUUGGACAAAUUCUUGAAAAGGCAAAGAUCUUUGCGCAAGCCUACAAGAAGCACACCAAGACUGCGAACCAACUGAUUGCAGCAGCCAAGCGCGAAGCGGCGCCUGCGCGGCCCAAGAAGAAGGCCAAGAAGGACGCGGAUAAGAAGUAG